CGCCGUGCGCUCCCACUCAAGGCGGACGAGAGUGACGCGCGGCGGGCUGUGUGGACGCUCCGUGGACGCACAACUUUUUUUUUUUUGCACCUCACCGAAACCGCGCGCACACACACUCACGAGUUGCCGCGCGCGCACGCGCCGCUGACGUGCACGUUUGUGGAGUACGGUGCCAUGUGAGGAGGGGCGACAGGAGGAGCAGGAGGAGGAGGAGACGGGGGGUCGCCGCGCUUCUUGGAUAUUGGUCGCGUCACUUUUGGAUAACGUUUUUUUUCUGGUGGAGAGGAGUUAAGAGUGGGCAUUUGGAAGGAUUAUCAUCUCCCCCCCCCCCUUUUUUUUUGCUUCUACUUUUAUUAAAUUGCGUCUUUGGAAUUGGGAUUGCAUUGUGGGUUGUCACUUUGGCUGCAGAAGGAUGGCAGCCUGGUUCACCUUCAUCCUUGCCUUCAGCUCCAUGGCACAGGUAUUCGCCUCAGGUGUUUUUGAGCUGCACCUCCACGACUUUAAGAACCACAGGGGUCUGCUGGCUAACGGGCUGCCGUGCAAGCCCAGCUGCAGGACUUACUUCAGAGUGUGCCUAAAAAACUAUCAGGCGGUGGUGUCGCCCGGGGAAUGCAUCUUCGGCAGCACCCAAACGCCGGUGCUGGGCUCCUCAAACUCUUUCAGCGGUGUGCCGCCAGGUCCCAUCCAAAUCCCCUUCAAUUUCGGGUGGCCGGGAUCCUUUUCGUUAAUAAUUGAAGCCUGGCACUCUCCUCAUGGAAAUCUACCUGUAGAAACCAACAAUCCGGACUUUCUGAUCAGUUUCUUCGCCAUCCAAAGACAACUGGGCGUGGGCAGCGACUGGGCGCAGGACACGCAAACCAGCGAGCAGACGGAGCUGAGGUAUUCCUACCGCUUCGUCUGCAACAAAAGUUACUACGGCGAGAGCUGCUCCAAGAAAUGCACGCCCCGGGACGACCGCUUCGGACACUACACCUGCACCAGGGACGGACAGCUGUCCUGUCUGGCCGGCUGGAAGGGGGAAUACUGCGAAGAACCCAUCUGUCUGGAAGGCUGCAGCGAGAGGAACGGCAACUGCUCCAAACCUGGCGAGUGUGUGUGUCGAGACGGCUGGCAGGGCACCUUCUGCGACGAGUGCAAGAAGUACCCGUCGUGUAAGCACGGCACCUGCCAGUUGCCGUGGCAGUGCAACUGCCAAGAGGGCUGGGGAGGCCUAUUGUGUGACCAAGAUCUGAACUUCUGCACGCAUCACCAUCCCUGCGUGAAUGGCGCCACCUGCAUGAACACGGGCCAGGGCAGCUACACGUGCACAUGCAUGCCGGGCUUCACGGGCGUCAACUGCGAUCUGGAGAUGCAGGAGUGCGACAGCAACCCCUGCCGUAAUGGAGGGAUAUGCACCAAUCUGGACAGCGGCCACAUGUGCUCGUGUCCGGAGGGCUACGAGGGCUCCCACUGCGAGCACAGCCAGCUGACGUGCCUCGAUUCCCCCUGCUUCCAUGGUGGCAAGUGCUGGGAGAAGGACAAUGGGCGGAGCUAUAUGUGCGAGUGUCCCCGUGGCUACACUGGCCUUAACUGCGAGAAGAGAAUGGACAAGUGCACGUCGCUUCCCUGCGCUAAUGGUGGUCAGUGCAUGAUCCACAGUGGCACUCGGGUGUGCAGCUGCCGCGCAGGAUUUACGGGCCAGCGUUGUGAAAUCAACAUCAACGAGUGCGCCGGGAACCCAUGCGUCAACGGUGGUACCUGCCUUGACCGGAUCAAUGACUACACCUGCGCAUGUCCCCCGGGGUACAGUGGACGCAACUGCGACAGGGUCCAGGACGAGUGUCCCCUCCAUCCCUGCCUCAACGGCGGCAUCUGUACCAGCAAGACGCCGGCAACUUGCGUCUGCCCGCCGGGCUUCACCGGGCCCAGUUGCCAGUUCUUUGCCGCCGUGACUUCACAAGUGGAGGAGAUUCAAGAUGGCUUCCAGUGGGCGGCCGUCUCUCUAGCCGUGGGGCUAGUGGCACUUUUGGUGCUGCUGUGCAUGGUGGGCUUGGCCCUGAGGCACAUCCACCGGCAGGCUCGAAGGCAGCGAGAGGACACCGAGACUAUGAACAAUGUUUCCAGCGCUCAGCGGGAUAACCUGAUAUCGUCGUCGCAACUGAAAAACACCAACCAGAAAGUCAGCCUGGAGGUGGACUGCGACUCGGAGAAGUCGAACUUUAUCCAUAAAAACUAUCACUUGAACCCUUACAGCUCGAAAAAAAAGGAAUUUAAGGACGACAAGUCGCAAGAAGACAAAAGUCUUAUUUACGACAAAUGUUUAGAAGACAAGAGACCCUUGAGUAGAGUGUGCAGUGAAAAGCCAGAGUGUAGGAUAUCCACGAUAUCUUCAUCCACAGACUCCAUGUACCAGUCAGUAUUCGUCAUAGCCGACGCAAGGAGGGAAUGCAUCAUAGCAACCGAGGUCUAAAACAAAUGACGCAAGAGAGAAACAGAAACACAAUCAAGCAGGAAUUGGAACAUUCAGGAUUGUUUACAAAAGGCGAGAAGAGACUUUGAGGUCGUGUUUGUUUGGGUUUUUUUUUUUUCAACGUGUCAGCCGCUGCUCUCUGGAAAACUUGAGGACACGGUGGAGGAACAUUUUAACUUAUCUCUUGGGAGGGUGAAAAGGAGGCGAAGGUGGAUCGCCUCCCGGCCACUCCGUUUCUGGCCUUUUGUGAUAAUCACCAUAACCACGAUGACUUACAGCCAACCAAUCAGUGAAAGUUGCCUGAGAUUUUUUUUUUUAGCCCCGCCCUUGCAGAAAACCCUUACUCCCGUCAGUCACUCUUGCCACCUUUGCCUUCUAUGCAAAAAAACAAAAAAGCGACACAAAAACUCAGGGUCAACAACCACAAUCCAACGUCACCAACGCAGACUAAGGAAUGUCUGAACGUCUUCAAUUUGGAGAUUUACAUGCAGCCCGAGUUCACUAGAAGCCUUAAAAACCGGGGGUGGGUUGGGGUGGGGGGGGGGGGGUGAAAAAUGCUACAUUUGUGCCCUUGUCUCCUCUUGGAUUGUUUGCACUACAAAAGAUGACAAAUGAAGAAGAUACUUUUCAAUCAGCAAAGACUGACAGCAGUCAAACGUACGCAUAGAAAGCGUUUCUAUGCAACCUGAACGAGACAACCACAAAAAAAAAAACUCUCACGCCACCACUGCCUGCCUACCGAUGACACAGUUCAAAACUACAGAACCACUAAUGUAAUUGUUUUUUUAAGUGAUUUCCAGAGUUUAAUUUAAAUACGACACAUUGUUCUUUAUAUGUUUUAUAAUAUUAUUUUGUAUAUAAUGCAUAUUUAUAAGGACCAAACUUCUGAGGAAUAAACUUUGUGGGGAAAAAG